AUGAGUGAUUCUACAGAACCUAAGAAACAACCAAGAAGGAGGUUUAUUGGUAGAAAAUCUGGCGAUGGUAAUAGUGGCAAAUUAAAUACGGUUGCUGAAAAUGGUAAUGAGAUAGUCCAUAAGCAAAGGAAUAGAAUUGGUCUGGCAAGGAGUAUUAACCAUGUCCCCGAUGAUAUUUUGAACGACAAAGAAUUAAGUGAAGCCGUCAAAUUACUGCCUUCCAAUUAUAAUUUUGAAAUUCAAAAGACUGUGUGGAAUAUCAGAAAAUAUAAUGCCAAGAGAAUAGCACUGCAAAUGCCCGAAGGGUUAUUAAUUUACUCAUUGAUAAUCAGUGAUAUCCUAGAACAGUUUUGUGGUGUAGAAACUUUAGUAAUGGGAGAUGUUUCCUACGGUGCAUGUUGCAUCGAUGACUUUACUGCGAGAGCGCUGGAUUGUGAUUUUAUUGUACAUUAUGCCCAUUCAUGUCUAGUUCCCAUUGAUAUUACGAAGAUUAAAGUGCUAUAUGUCUUUGUUACCAUAAAUAUUCAAGAAGAUCACAUCAUCAAAACGCUGCAGAAAAAUUUUGCCAAAGGAUCCAGAAUUGCCACUUUUGGUACUAUUCAAUUCAAUCCGGCAGUACAUAGUGUGAGAGAUAAACUACUCAACGAUGAAAAUCAUAUGUUGUAUAUUAUUCCGCCCCAAAUUAAACCUCUGUCAAGGGGAGAAGUGUUGGGUUGUACUUCCGAAAGAUUAGACCAGGAACAAUACGAUGCCAUGGUUUUUAUUGGUGACGGUAGAUUCCAUUUAGAGUCUGCAAUGAUACAUAAUCCAGAAAUCCCUGCUUUCAAAUAUGACCCGUACAACAGAAAGUUUACAAGGGAAGGGUACGAUCAAAAGCAACUUGUCGAGAUUAGAUCGGAUGCCAUUAAUGUUGCGCAGAAGGGAAAAGUAUUUGGCUUGAUUCUCGGUGCAUUAGGUAGACAAGGCAACUUGAACACUGUAAUGAAUUUGGAGAAAAACCUGGUUGCAGCAGGUAAAACCGUGGUGAAGAUUAUUUUAAGUGAAGUUUUUCCUCAAAAACUAGCCAUGUUUGAUCAAAUUGAUGUUUUUGUUCAAGUCGCAUGUCCCAGAUUAUCUAUUGACUGGGGCUAUGCCUUUAAUAAACCACUGCUGACACCAUAUGAGGCCAGUGUCUUGUUGAAAAGGGAUGUUAUGUUCAGCGAAAAGUAUUAUCCAAUGGAUUAUUACGAAGCUAAAGGGUACGGACGUGGCGAAGUUCCAAAGCAUGCAAUUGAAUAUUCUAAAUAG